CAGACUGCAGCCCAUAGACCACCCAGUCACUCAGUGUACAGACUGCAGCCCAUAGACCACCCCAGUCACUCAGUGUACAGACUGCAGCCCAUAGAGCAGGCACUCAGUAUACAGACUGCAGCCUGGUAUCAGGGAUCACAGAGAGCAGGGUACCCCCAGCCUGGUAUUAGGGAACUCCAGCCUGGUAUCAGGGAUCACAGAGAGCAGGGUCCACCCCAGCCUGGUGUCGGGGAUCACAGAGAGCAGGGUCCCCCCAGCCUGGUAUUAGGGAUCCCUGGUGCUAUUCACCCUGUGACCACACAUACAUUGAAUUAGGGGGGUUUCAGAAAGGGAGGGUGGGCCACCUUUCAGAACUAUACUUUUGUAUUAGUAGGUGGGGUGUGCUUCAAGUAUUUUGGAUCUUUCCACUCCAUUGUUAUAAGAUUUCAUUUACUGACCCCCCCCCCCUUUCCAUUCCUGUCUAUAUGGAGACAUGUGGAAAGGAUAUUUACACGUAUUUAUUGAGGUUGGCAAGUUCUAGGAAUUCUAAUCAUUAUAAGACAUAAAUCUGCUCACUACUGGGUAGUUUUUUUUUCUCUCUGCAUACUUAUCACGAUAAAGGUUAAAAAAAACAAAAAACACCAUUCCAUUGAUAAAGGAAAUCUUAGAACCAUUUACAGGGUCAAAAAAAACGAAGAAAAAAAGAAAUCUUCCUUAGGCCUUUCUUUAUAUGUAUUAUUGCUCCGCUCUAGAUAUUGAAACUGAAAAAAAUAAUACUUUUACAGAUUCCGUGUGAUAUAGGAAUUUUUGAGGUGACCUUAACCAAAGUAGGUGACCUUUUUCAACUGAUUGUCAGUUUGAUACUAACUGGAGCAGUGUGAUCAGACCUAAAUCAAGAAAGUUAACUCUUGUGUGUGGGAGGCAGGAAAGUCCAUCAUUGUUAGAAUUUGAUAUCACAUCUGUGUUCUAUUGCUUCAUAGUAUUCAUUUUUAUGAUUCGUGACCAUAGCCAUUUGUGAGCUAUCCUAUAAGUUAGUGUCAGGAGUUGGUUCAUAGCAAUUUCUGUUUACCCUUAUCUGGGAUCAUGGACUCAGAUGAGGGAUACAACUAUGAGUUUGAUGAUGAGUGUAGUGAGGACAGUGCAGCUGACGAACAUGAUGAUGAGUUGGAACUGGGAGAAGUAGAACUGGUGGAAGCUGGGCUUGGUGGAUCAGAGCGAGCCGGGCUUUGUGGGGAAGGAGGGGGGAGUGCCCUUGGGCCAGGCCCUGGUGGAGAUGAAGAUGAGGAUUACCGUUAUGAAGUCCUCACUGCUGAACAGAUACUUCAACAUAUGGUGGAAUGCAUCCGGGAAGUGAAUGAAGUCAUCCAGAAUCCAGCUACUAUCACUAGAAUACUUCUGAGUCAUUUUAACUGGGACAAAGAGAAACUAAUGGAAAGGUAUUUUGAUGGAAACUUGGAAAAACUUUUUUCAGAAUGUCACGUUAUUAACCCUAGUAAGAAGUCAAGAACGCGCCAAAUGAACACUCGUUCCUCUGCCCAAGACAUGCCCUGCCAGAUCUGCUACUUGAAUUACCCCAAUUCAUAUUUCACAGGCCUUGAGUGUGGUCACAAGUUUUGUAUGCAGUGCUGGAGCGAGUACUUAACCACAAAAAUCAUAGAGGAAGGAAUGGGACAGACUAUCUCCUGCCCAGCCCAUGGCUGUGAUAUCUUAGUUGAUGACAAUACCGUAAUGCGCCUGAUCACAGAUUCAAAAGUGAAGUUAAAGUAUCAGCAUUUAAUAACUAAUAGUUUUGUAGAGUGCAACAGACUCCUGAAGUGGUGCCCUGCUCCAGACUGCCAUCACGUGGUAAAGGUUCAGUAUCCUGACGCCAAGCCUGUCCGAUGCAAAUGUGGCCGUCAGUUUUGUUUUAAUUGUGGAGAAAACUGGCACGACCCAGUCAAAUGUAAGUGGUUAAAGAAAUGGAUUAAAAAGUGCGAUGAUGACAGUGAGACGUCCAACUGGAUUGCUGCUAACACAAAGGAAUGCCCCAAAUGCCAUGUUACCAUAGAAAAGGAUGGUGGCUGUAAUCACAUGGUAUGUCGGAAUCAGAACUGCAAGGCAGAGUUCUGUUGGGUUUGUCUAGGACCCUGGGAGCCCCAUGGUUCUGCCUGGUAUAACUGUAAUCGUUACAAUGAGGACGAUGCAAAGGCUGCGCGUGAUGCACAAGAGCGAUCCAGAGCGGCCUUACAGAGAUAUUUGUUCUACUGCAACCGAUACAUGAACCACAUGCAGAGCCUGCGAUUUGAGCACAAGCUGUAUGCCCAGGUGAAGCAGAAGAUGGAGGAGAUGCAGCAGCACAACAUGUCAUGGAUUGAGGUGCAGUUCCUGAAAAAGGCUGUGGAUGUUCUGUGCCAGUGCCGCUCCACUCUCAUGUACACUUACGUCUUUGCAUUCUACCUCAAGAAGAACAACCAAUCUAUUAUCUUUGAGAAUAAUCAGGCAGAUUUAGAGAAUGCUACAGAGGUUCUGUCUGGAUAUCUGGAAAGAGACAUUUCCCAAGAUUCACUGCAAGACAUUAAGCAAAAAGUGCAGGAUAAGUACAGAUACUGCGAGAGCAGGAGGCGAGUUCUGCUCCUUCAUGUGCAUGAAGGUUAUGAGAAGGACUUGUGGGAAUAUAUUGAGGACUGAGCCGUCCCCAGGGACAAAACCUCUGUUGCCACCUGACACUAGAUUUCAACCUCCCAUUAAAUGCAGCUCUGUCCCCUGAGGCUGGCCCCCUGCACAUUCAGACGUCUCUCCCUUUUCUCUUUUGCUCUCAACUCUUGCGUGCUCCCGCCUGGCCUUUGGGUUUCUAUUUUAUUUUUUUUCCCCCCUUUUAAUUUUUUUUGGGGGGGGGGGGGGAGGAAGGGUUGUUUUGUUAAUGGAAAGUUAAAGUAAAUUAUAUUGUAAUAAUAAAAGGAAAGCGGCUAGCAGAGGAAAUGGUUUGACAGUAUUGUAGGCAUAUUUAAAACCCAUGGUAGAUAAAGGAGGCAACAGAACUUUGAUCUGCUUGGUAAACUGCUAAACAAUGCCUUGCUGCCUCCUUGGCUGUCAAUGGGAUAUUGUGUGUGCAGGAACCUCCGCUAAAUGCAGAAUUUUCCUCCCAAUUUCUGCUUCCCUCUGUCAUGCUGAUUUCCAUAUCAUGGCUCCUUAGAAAGGACAGUCAUUCAAAACCAAACAGAUUUCCCCUCUGUCUAUUUUCCUCAGUCUUCCCUAUCUUCUCUUGACCUCUUCUAUUACCCUCCUGCAUCUUUGCCACUUUCCUAAUAUUCUACUCAUUUACACCCUCCACCCUAACCCACUUGCACCUUUUCUAACCCAUGGUUGGAACUGAACAGCUUUCAAAAGUAAAAAAAAAAGAAAGAAGAAAAACAAACAAAAAUAGCUUUGUACAUGACUUUUAAAAACAAAAACAAGAUUAAAAUGAAAAGAAGACAGCAGUAUUUUUCAAACUUGUAAAUAGUGCAUCUGCAUGAGCAGGGAGGAGGAGGCGGGACGCACGGUGUUUGCAUCAUGUUUAAGUACAAAACCGAAAAAAAAAAAUAUUUAUUCUUUCUUGAAGAUGGCUGGUUCUGGCUGUGCUGUUUAUUCCCGGGAUGUUGGAGAGCGGACACAGCUUGCCAUAAGAUGGCACUCACAGUUCUCAAAUACCGAUUCAUACACUGCAACACAACCCCAUGAUAAUGGCCCUUGUAUUAGAAGGAGCAGACUGGUCUAAUUAAAUAAACUAAGGACCAGCUCAAAAGCAGGAGAACAGUAAUUCUUUAUUUGCAUUAAGUUUAAAGAAUUAAAAUGUUAGCCCACCGUGGAAGAGCGUGGCGUAACGAAGUGUCUAUUUAAGGGGUUUUAAAGAGAAGUAUAUGUAGAGGAUUGAUGAUUUGUAUGUUAAGAAUUCAGUUAGUUUCCCUCCAUGAACCUUUGGGGAAAGUGCUAAGGAACUCUUGCUACAGAGCUGUGUGACCAUAUAACAGUCACAUUUUAAAAGCCUAAAACGUCUUUCACUGAUAAGCCAAGGUACUUGGUGUGUUAAGAUUGUGUAACAAAACAAACAUUUUUUUUGUGCCUUUAAAUUGUUUGUAGUGUAGUGUGUUUCCUUUGUUUUGUUUUCCUUUUCAUAUUGUAACUGUAAGUUUUCAUUUAUUUACACACAUGGUGUUAACUUUUUUCCAUGUUAAGGUCAACACUUGGAUAGUGCUGAAUGAUUUAUUUAAUAGCAGGAAUUUGAUAAGCAGAGUUAUCAUAGCCUUGACAUAUUAACCCCAGGUAUAGAAUGCAUUGGGGGCCUAGAAUGUUUUCACCAAAGCUCUAUUAUAUGAGAAGACAAAUCAUAAUACCUAAGACUGCGUUUAAAGCAGAAAGGAAACAUUUUAAAAUGAAACAAACCUUUAUGUUAAUUUCCAGUCAACCUUUUACCUUAAAGGUUUAAUUUGGAUGUACUCAUACAAAUAUAUGUACACAUCUACUUACACAUUUCAAUGUUUAAGGCCUUAUUGCGUGGAGGUUUUAUGCAAAAACAAAAAAAGUCACCAAAUUUAUAAAAAUGUCCCUGUAAAGUGUUUGCACUUUGUAUGCAAAAGUAGAAAAUAUCCUUUAAAUCCUUGUUAACUAAUUAUUUACACUUCUCUGCUUUGACGUGUUUUAAAUGCCUUAACUAUUCGACAGAAAGACCUAACACAGCUAUGAAAAAAAAUCUACAGACCUUUAUACAUAAAUCCCCUUUCUAACAUCAAAUAACAGUGUGGAGAGUG